AUGCUGGAGCCGGGCGCCCCAGCACGCCGGCGUUGCCCGUGGCUCGGCGUGGCGCUGCUGGCUGCGAGUCCGCAGCUGUCGAGGGCACUGCCGCGCCUGGGGAGGCCACCGAGGAGGCGCUGCAGCGGCGCUCGCCAGCGGGCCGUGGGCACCGCGGGCGGGGCCGUGCAGGAUCACGACGUCCGGAGGUCUGUUGGGCGCGCGGUUGCAUACAGUGCCGUGUUGGUAGUCGUGUACGUCUGGAACGACAUCUCGGUCUACCUCGUGGGCGACCACGCCUCCAGGGGCCACGAGGAGCAGACCGCGCUGUUCAUGAGCGCCGCCGCCUCCAUCGGUCUUGGGCUGGUAGUCUCGUUCAUCCGGCGUGGUCGGCGGGGCGUGCGGGACUCCGUCGACCCCGGCAGCAUUUUGAAGCUGUUGCCAGUCUCUGCGUCCUUUGCGAUCUCACUCUUGGGCCUGCUCAAGUCUUUCCCGCACUUCGACGGCGCUUUCAUCAAGCUUGUGGGCCAGAUAAAGCUGCCCAUCACCGCGAUCCUCUCCGCCAUUGUGCUCGGCAGGCGGUACACUCUGGUACAAUGGCAGGUGAUCAUCUGCAUCUGCAUCGCGUGCUGCUCAUUUACGGCCCUCAGGCUUGACAGUAGGAUCGCGGUUGCCUCUGUGCCCUGCGUGGGCCUCUUGUGGGUCUUCACCUGGGUCGUCUUCAACGCCCUCGCAACGCUCUUCGCGGAGUGGGCGUUCAAGCAGAAGGAUGCCAUGCCAUUCGAGUCGAUCAUGACGCACCUGGGUGUUGGGAAGAUGCUGACCGUAGUCUUGAGCCUCACGCUGGAUUCCAGGUUCCAGUUGGGCCAGUUCUUUGGCGGCUGGGACUGGAGCACGGCGGCGAUCGUGUGCACGCUCGUGGGCGACGCCUGGCUCUCUGGACUCAUGGUCAGCCGACUGUCCUCGGUCACGAAGAACGUCUGCAAGUGCUGCACGGUGGUGGUUCUCUACUGCGUGGCCCUCGCCACGGGCAGGCAGUCGCCGGUCCUGUCGCAGGUCCUGGGGGCACUCAUGAUCGUGGUGCUCACGGCCACGUUCGCGACGCUCUCCCUGCAGCAGGGGCCGCGCCAGGCGGCCCCCGCGGCGAGCUCCGGCGGCGACGGCGCAGGGUGA